CAGUACGCGUCAGACGUGUUUAAUCCUAGACACUAAAGUCAGAUUAUCGGCAAUUAUGUCGUUCAGUGCGACUGGACACGUUUUUUUAACAUUAGAAUGUAAUUCCUUUUAGAAAAUAGCAAAUAGAAUAGAUCAGUUAUGUUGCUGCCGUCCGACAUAGCGAGGCUUGUUUUGGGCUACCUUCAACAGGAGGGGCUGUCAGCCACAAGCCAGGCAUUCGUGCUGGAGAGCCCCAACCUGAAGGAGUAUGCCGAGCACACCACCGAAGACGGGGCCGUUCCCGCCUGCGUGUUUUCAUUGUUCGGAAAAAACCUGACGACCAUUUUGAACGAAUAUGUUGCUGUUAAAGCUAAAGAAACAUGUCAAGAACAUCAAAUACCAGCCAUGAUGACAUCACUAUGGAAGAAGUUAGAGUUUACUUUGAAUCAAAUCAAAUGUAUGCAGAAUUCACCAGCUGUACAUCAAAACCAGCGAAUGCGUACACGGAAUGGGAUUGUAAAUAUGAGGAGGCAGAGGACACUGUCCUCCAUGCAGUCUGCUAGCCCCCGGCUCCUCUCAGUUACAGCCUCACCCUGCCAAUAUGUAUCCUCCCCAAUCAACGCUCCCCAAGGCCCUGUUGGACAUUCGACACCUGUCUGUUAUAGUUCCCUGCAGGUCCGAGCCACCCCGCUUUGUGUCAGCCAACCACAGGUUCAGGACGGAAGCCGUCUUUUGACUCGAGAAUCCCCUUUGCAAGUUGUGGUUCCUGACCACAGAAUAAACCCUGGACCAUUGUCCCCUGGCCGCCGGAAAUGUGACUCCCCAAGAAGGAUGGGCGGUGGAUUGAGUGUGUCCAGUGCAUCAGGACGAAUUAGCAUCACAUCCAAUAUCCUGACCGUGGAGCAGGGAGAGACACACGAUGCUGUCAGUGAGAACUUCCCUCAAAUGGUCAUAGAAAAUGCACGGGAAAAGAUACUGAAUGACAAGUUAUUGCAAGAGAAACUCGCAGAAAACAUAAACAAAAUCCUUGGCAGUGAAAUCAGUCCCCAGUCUUCAAGACAAGCAACAUGCAGUACUACAGAACAGGACCAGUCCAUUGACGAAAUACUCGGCCUUCAGGGGGAGAUCCACAUGACUGAUGAUGCUAUCCAGGAUAUUCUGGAACAGACGGAGUCAGAUCCUGCCUUUAAGGCUCUCUUUGACCUGUUUGAUUAUGGUAAAGAAAAAAACAGUGAUGGAGACCACCUUGGCGAUGGGAGCCUCAGCACCACCACCUUGGAGAGUGAUGAAGCAGAACAUGACUGCUUGCCUGGGACUGGGUAUCAAGGCACUGAGGCAGAAGACUCAACACCUGGCACAGAAUCAAGAAAGUCAAAGGCUAAAAAAGUACAAGAGCUAAAAAGCAAAAAAACAAGGAAAACCACACAUCCACUUCCAAGCACUUCGCGGUUGGUGACUGCAUCCACUCUGUCACGCCCACUGAAUGAAGUUAGGCAGGAUUCAAGAGCCUCUUUACGCACGAAAAUGGGUCCGGCUGAGAGUCGGACCUUGACUGGCAACAGUAGACAAUUGAGGACUUCCCAGCCUGCUCCACAGGCUAGCCCAUCCAAAGACUCUGGUUCCAGUCAUGACGGUAGAGGUACAAAAGGUUCCCAGCUUCCAGAAGAGGAGACAGAGAUGGAAGUAGAUAGGCCACUUAGCACUUUGUCACCUGAUGCUGCAGAAACUUUCACCGUCCAGUCAGACAGCCAGAAGAGCCCUCUAGCAUUAGGAAGUACUGGUGGAGAACCUCCUUUAUGCACAAUACGUGAGACAACAGAGUCGCAAUCAGAGGCCUCUGUCAGCACCUCGGUGGUCAGUGUGGAAACAGUGGCUGGGAAUUCGGAGCAGGCCGAACAACCAGCUGUGGGCUUACAGACCGAGUUACCCAACUCAGGAGGUGCAUCAGAUCCCCCUGUGGGUCAGCAAGAGCCAGGAUCUUCUCCUUCUGCAUCUGUUUCAGCUCCCAGUGUUAGUGAAACCCAAAAGCCAGAUCUGGCAUGUUUCUCCUCUUCUGUUUGCAGUAGCACUUCACCAGAACCCAGGAUGCAGGAGUGUAGAGCAAAACAACAGGAGGUCCAACUGAACUGUGUGGCUAGUCCGCCUCCUGGGUCUCAGAACAACCCCCUGCCAUCUGUUACUCCUACAUCUCCCAUUCCCUUACCUUCAAAGGAACCUGACCCCAGUGAAAUAGUGUCCCUGAAAAUCAUCGUCAGUGAUGAGCAGGCUGAGCAGUCUGGAGAUGCCUCACUCUCCAGCACGACAGGUGAAAGAUUACCCACCAUCAUCCUUCUAUCUCCAGCCAAGUCCCCAGCAAAAGCCCUUGCUGGAGCAGGUUCCUCUGUGACCGUAGAGGAGACAGUGCAGGCUGUGAGCUGCUUGCAGAGCACGGAGAUGAGCACGGCCACAGGGAAGCCCGGAGAGACGCCAAUGGCAGUUGGAACAGAGGAAAUCCUGGAGCUAACCCUCCCUGGUGACCUAGUGUCAGAAAAUGGGUUCAUCCAGCUGGUCCCAUCCACGACGCCGUACGGGAGCUCUGGUGGCUACUUUAUUGUGACAGAACCGGCUACAAUGGGUCACCAUUCAAAUGUGAUGGUGCUGCCCAGCAGUGCUGCACUGGGGCAGGUGGGAACCUCGACACAUGUUUUGGCAACUCCUCCUCGCUCAAGAGUAGAUACCUCUUAUUCAGCUGGGUCAACGCUCGUCAUAUCAUCACCCGUUCAGCCUAUGCUGCCAAAUAUGAUGGUCCCAGUAUCUGUUGUCGGGCAGAAAAAUACCGGGUCGUUCACAAUAGUAUCCAACCAGGUGAUGGCAUUGCCAGUUUCUUCAUCAAAAAAUCAAGUUAAGUUAAAACCAAAACCACUACUGGCACCCAAGAACACAACAGAUGGAACUGCAGGGCCAGAUGCUCCUACCAUCGUGGCUGACGGACGAGUGAAAGCAGAUGAACUGUCUCAGGAGAAGGUGACAAUGUCUCAUGGCUCUGGUGCGGGGGCAGGGUUGAGUCACAGGAGGGUCCUGCACUUCGAUAGCCCCACAGAACCAGUCCUCCCCACAAACAGUACCCUAUCACACACUGUAAUGCCGCAGCCUGUCACUCCCCCGGUUCCCGCUGCAGCCUUUGGGAGAGAGCAUGCCAAGGAGAAUUCGGGUACAUUCAAAUGCCGCUCUGUGCAACCGACCAUCCUCAAGAGCAGCCGAAUGGUGCGGGCUGUGGCUGCAAACCCAGCGGAGAACGUAAAGACGCCCGAGUCACAGAAGAACUGUGGGAUUCGGCCAUCAGAUGACCACAGAAGACAGUCAGGGGUUCAGAAUGAACCCUGUCGAGCAGCUGACUGUCAAAGUGCAAAUGUAAGGAAUGAGUCUGCGUUGCCAGAAGUCUCCAAAAGGUCCGACUCAAGGAAACAGCAGAUUGUUAAACGGGACAACACUGAAACUGGACCAAAGAAGGAUAGUGUGGACAUCAGCAAGGCCUCCAGCAUCACCACUGAUCACAGAACACGACUCAAGGCUGCAGGAGCAAGAAAGGAUGAUUUGAGGAACAGGCAGGAGGCAGCUGAGAAAUCGCAGGCAAAGGGAAGAGAAUGUCGGGUGGAGAGGAGGAGCUCUCCGCAGGAGCUGCCUCACGUCACUGCCAAUAAGGAGAACGAGCUGGAGGGCAGCAGGCAUGAGCACCACCUGACGGCUGCUGUCUCACAGGGGGAAGCUCCGCCUGUAGCUGGCAUGCCGGCUCCUGCCCCACAGGGAGGCACCUGUAGAGCCCCAAGCAAGACCACCCCUCUCACAAAGCAGGCUGCUGAGAUGUUACAGGACAUCCAGGGGCAGAACCCUACAUCAUCGCCAUCCAAGAGGUCCGGGCUGGUCUGCUCUGAGCUGCCUCUACCCAGAACCCCAUGUCCAGGAGUCCCCACAGAUGAGGUGACAGACUGCUUGAAGACGCCUGCCCGGGGGCGGGGCCUGGAUGGCACACCUCGCCGCCUUGCCCCACCUGCCACGCCCGAAAUGCCCACAUGUAGCCCAGCCAGUGAAGCAGGGAGUGAGAGCAGCAUCAGCAUGGCUGCACAGACACUGAUAUUUUUGUCUCGUGCUGCUGUCGAAAAGCCUGGAACCCCGCUGAAGGACAGCAUGCAACAGCAGGGUGUCAGCUACACCAACACUACGGUGUCCUCCAAGGGCAAAAAGCGCAAGCAGGAUGAAUCCCACGGUAAUUCUACAGUUAAAGAGCUCCAGCUCUCAGUGGCACCAGCUAGUAAGAAGAAGUCUAAGAAGCAGAAGAGGUUUCUGGAUUCCUUCCCUGACAACUUGGAUGUGGACAAGUUCCUGUCAUCGCUGCACUAUGAUGAGUGAGGCUGUGGCAUUGCGCAGGAGGGAAGAAGGCCUUCAUCUAGGACGCUUAUGUGGAUUUUGUGAAGAAGCCAUCCAUGGUUUUCCUGUCUUAGUGCCUGUGGGGUGCAAUUUCCUGGCUUGGUCCAGAACUCGUAAAUUGUGGUAGUUUGAAACUGAAUGCCAUCACUCACAUGAUUUUAAUCCUUUUCUGUCUUGUAUGGGCCUCUAUACUUCACAUAUGCUGUAGCACAUGAAGGUCAUCAGAGGAGUUAUUGUGUCUACAGCAUAGGUGUUACAUAAAAGAUGACAUUCUAGACAACGGUGAAAAGUAUGUAAUUGUGGGUUUCCAGCAAAAUGUAAGGUCUGUAAACAUAACAUGUUGCCUUUUUUCAACAUUGAUUCAUAUAAAUUUUAAGUCAGUUGUUUCGU